UCCUGCUCCUGAAACGACGCGUCUCUUGCCUGGAUGGGUAGACUAUUUUAGGAUUUCGCACACGGAAAAAAAAAAGUGCGAACUUUUGAGCUGCUUGCGAAUGGAUGGAUUGUGAUUAUGCGUUUUCUGCAAUUGGGUCGUUUCAAUCGUCCAACUUUAUUGAAGAGUUUCUGCAUUGUUGGGUUUUCCAAAGAGACGUGUAGUUGGGAUGUUAGAUUCUUGGGUGUGGGAACAACGUUACCAUUCAGAAGUUUAUGGGCGCUGCGAAUUUGAAAAAGAAGGUUGGAUUUGGAUCCGGUGAAUGUUUAAGCGGGCUAUUAGUUUUAAGUUUUGCAAGUCAUUUUGUGCGGUGACUCUGUUGUUAUCUUGAUAGACGCUUUUAGUAAGCUUGUUUAUGUUUAGAGAAGAUAGGUUGCGCAGAAGAUGUGGCUGAUUUUGUUUGAAAUAAAAUGGUUCUUAGCUGUUUAAGCUGUGAUUAUGAGUUUUGAUUGUCUCAAUGAAACUAGACAGAGGCGAAGUACAAGUGGAUCAAGGUGCAUUGUGGAACCUUUCAAAUAUGCGAAGAAAUAAGUUGGACCCCGUCUAAAUAUUUAAGUUUUUGUUAAAAUGCAUGCUUGUGCUUUCCGACAAAGUGAAGGGCAGGCUUGGAUCCUGUUCUCAGUUCCUCACACUUCUAUUUCGUAAUCUCGUUGAGCAUGUAGUUUCCCUCUAUCAUUCUAUCAUCGUGCUGUACAUGACGGAAAGUGUUGAGGAUUAUAGAAGAACUGUAAUUUGCAAUGUAGACUGUAGGUUUAAACUUAUGCAUUAACUAGUUCCACAGUCUCUGACAAGGACACUGGUAUAUAAGCUUGAAUGUUUCUGAAAAUUCUGAAAUAUGGAAUGUGGCUUCUAUAGAACCAGAUGUAGAAUGGUUGGCGAGGAGUGAUUUUGGUUUAAAAUUAGUUUAGCCUUGACUGUUCAUACAGGCGGGCUUGUUGAGUUGUUUAUAUGCAGAAAACAUCGGUAAGCUAGAGAAGAUACAAGUGAUGUUCACUUGUUUUAGAAGGGAAUUUACCUGCUAAAUGAAGGAUCCAUCACUUGCCUUGUCCUCAAAGACAUCCUUCAAUACUGGCAAAUUUACUCAGAAUAGCGUCACCUGUUUUCUUGUUUCGUCAGUGGAUUUGUAGAAUAAUCUUACUGUUAAAUUUUCAAUUUCAUAGUCUUUUGAUAGGUAAGUAGGAGGGGAAAAGUAGGACUCAAAACCCAAUAGCUUUUUUAUCUUUGUAUGGCUCAGACACCACUCCAUGUUUCCGCAGGAUACAACAAGUCUGAUAUAGUUAAAUUUUUACUCAACUGGCAAGGACCUGAAAAGGUUGAGAUGGAAGCCAAGAACAUGUAUGGAGAAACUCCUCUGCACAUGGCAGCCAAGAAUGGAUGCACUGAUGCUGCGCGGUUACUUCUUGCUCAUGGUGCUUUUAUUGAAGCCAAAGCAAAUAAUGGAAUGACACCAUUACAUCUAGCUGUUUGGUUCUCACUGCAUGCUGAGGACUGCUCAACUGUUGAGAUUUUGCUCGAGCAUAAUGCAGACUGCACUGCAGAGGAUGAUGAGAAGAUGACUCCUCUAAAUCACCUCUCACGGGGUCCAGCAAGUGAGAAGUUGAAGGAGUUAUUAAAUAGGCAUCUUGAAGAGCAGCGACGGAAGAAAGCCCUUCUAGCAUGCAGCGAAACAAAAGCAAAAAUGGAAGAGCUAGAGAAAGAAUUAUCUAAUAUCGUAGGUCUGCAUGAGCUCAAGGUGCAAUUGCGAAAAUGGGCGAAGGGCAUGCUUUUGGAUGAGAGGCGCCGGGCUCUUGGCCUAAAAGUUGGAGCCAGAAGACCUCCUCACAUGGCCUUUCUUGGAAAUCCUGGAACAGGUAAGACAAUGGUAGCAAGAAUCCUUGGAAAAUUGCUUCAUAUGGUGGGAAUUUUAGCCACUGAUAAGGUAACAGAAGUACAGCGGACGGAUUUGGUAGGGGAAUUCGUGGGACAUACUGGACCGAAGACCCGGAGAAAGAUUAAAGAAGCUGAGGGAGGCAUUCUCUUUGUGGAUGAAGCUUAUCGGUUGAUACCGAUGCAAAAGGCAGAUGAUAAGGACUACGGAUUAGAAGCAUUGGAGGAGAUAAUGUCAGUCAUGGACAGCGGGAGCAUUGUUGUCAUAUUCGCCGGAUAUAGUGAACCGAUGAAGCGUGUGAUCACUUCUAACGAGGGCUUCUGCAGAAGAGUGACAAAGUUUUUCCAUUUCGACGACUUCACCUCGGAAGACCUCGCCAAGAUUCUUUUCAUCAAGAUGAAUGAACAAGGAGAAGAUAGCUUGUUGUAUGGAUUUAAGUUACACGCAUCAUGCAGCGAAGAUGCCAUAGCAGCGUUGAUCCAGACAGAGACGACGGAGAAGCAGCGCCGGGAAAUGAACGGAGGUUUAGCUGUAACCAUGCUGAUAAACGCCAGGGAGAACUUGGAUCUUCGGCUCGAUUUCGACUGUGUAGACACGGAUGAACUAAGAACAAUCACCUUGGAGGAUCUAGAAGUAGGCCUUCGGCUGGUAUCCGAAUAAAUACGGAUCUCGUCGGGUUAGAACAGCUUGUAAUAUUCUUUCGGCUUUGUGCGAUUAUGAUGAUGUGUCACGAGAUUGAUUGAGUUCGCGUAGAGGAUUAUUUAUCUUGUUAGUAGGAAAUGAUUCAUUUGAUUGGUUGUAUCAUAGGUUUCGGGCUUGAUAAUGAUUCAUUGGUGUUUUUUCCAGGACUAUGAGUUUCUCAUGUAAUCAGUUUAAGGUAAAAAACAUAACAAGAAAAGGUAUGCAUCAGACAUAAACCACCCCGUUC